ACUACAGGAAGACGCAGGGUCUGGUGACCUCUCCGCAUCGCUCUCACGGCCCCGACAUGUCCUUCAAAUGCAAGCCAUCCCAGAAACCCAACAAACAAUUUUGGCGCUAUGCAAGCUUCCUGGCCUUCAUUGCCACUUUUCUGCUUGUCCCAUCUACUACCUCGUGGGCCAGUGCGCUCCAUCGAGCCUGCUUCAUGGCGUACGUGAUGACCUACCUAGACACGAGUUACAGAGAUGGCUCGCGAGCCUGGCCCUGGUUCCAGCGCCUGCCAGUUUGGCGUCUUUAUUGUAGAUACAUCAAGGGCCAGGUCAUCACCACCGUGCCUCUCGAUCCUCACCGCCAGUACAUUUUUGCCGCCCAUCCCCACGGGAUUGCCACCUGGAACCACUUCCUGACCAUGACGGACGGCUGCCGCUUCCUCUCCAGGAUCUACCCCCGCCCGCGCCUCGACCUCGGGGCCACUGUCCUUUUCUUCAUUCCCCUGGUCAAGGAGGUCUUGCUCUGGGUCGGAUGCGUGGACGCCGGCGCCGCCACGGCGAAUGCAAUACUCGAGCGAGGCUUCUCCUCUCUCAUCUACGUGGGGGGGGAGAAAGAGCAGAUCCUCACUGAGCGAGGGAGGGACCUGGUGGUGGUCCUGCCUCGAAAGGGAUUCUGCAAGCUCGCCCUCCGCUACGACUGCCCCAUUGUCCCCGCGUACGCCUUCGGAGAAAACGACCUCUACCGGACCUUUAACUACUUCAAGGGCCUCCAGCUCUGGGUGGCGCGCGCGCUCAAGCUGGCCUGUCCCCCGUGCUGGGGCUUCCCGCUCCUCCCCUUCCUGCCCCUGCCCGCGCCCGUGACCGUGGUGAUGGGCGCGCCGCUCUCCCCCAGGAGGGAGGGAAGGGCGGGGGGGGACGUGGGUGGGAGCAGGGGAGGGGAGCCGACGCGGGAGGAGGUGGAGGAUCUGCACGCGCGCUACGUGGAGGCGCUGACCGCGCUCUUCGAGACCCACAAAGUCCGGUACGGGGGCAGGAGUCCAGGAGCCAGGCUGGAGGUCAGAUGA